UAUGUUGGUUUCGUGCAGUUUGUUGCAUUUUAGAAGAUGAUCAAAUUUUAAACAGUUCAAAUUACCUUUCGUGGUCAAAACCGUAUACGGAUUUAAGUGAAAUAGAUUUGCCCAAUUGCUGCAAAGGAAAAUAGGAUCAGAAUCAGUUGUUAUUGUUCACUAUAGACUGCAAUGGGUCUUCACAGUCAAAUAAAUCUGGUCAACACCACCAAUAGAAACUAUUACUUUCCAGGCGAAACUUUGAACGGAAACAUAGUUGUCACUUCAGACUCGGACGUAAAAGUGAAAGGUCUGAAACUACGAAUUCACGGAAAGGGAAAAGUAAAAUUUACGGAGAAAGAGCAAAGAUUUCAUGAUUCGAUUGGUGCACAUUCCAAUACUCUGAAGCUCCAUUCGCAGCAUACCCAUCAUCACCAUUCCACGUCUUCGUCAUCCAGUUCCGAAUACAUUGAUGUGGAAUACAGUGAGGAAGAAACUUAUCUGGAUAUUACGUUGAACAUUUUGGGCUAUGAUGGAGGCGAAUGGACAAUUAAGAGUGGCCGAUUCACUUACCCUUUCCAAUUUACUUUGCCAUUCGGAUUGCCUUCGUCAUUUGUUGGUGAAUUCGGAUCAAUUGAAUACUCAUUGGAGAUGGUGAUCGGUAAAUCCUGGGCCUUUGAUUACAAAUCGCUCGCAUUUUUUCAAGUUGUUAGCGUUGUUGACUUAAACGUUGAGCCUACGGCCCAAGUACCAAUCAUUGUUAAGGCGUGCAAAACAUUUGGUGUUAUUUUUCAAAGUGGACCAUUGGACAUCACGUUACGUAUUCCUAAAGGAGGUGCUGUUCCCGGGGAAUAUGUACCAUUCAUUGCGGAAAUAUUCAAUAAAAGUGACAGAACUGUGACGGAAUGCCUAUCCAUUCAUAAGGAAAUAGAGUAUAUUGCUCGUGGCAGACCACAUGUGGCAAGAUAAUACUUUAAGAGUGCCACAAAUCGAACCAUCAACAUUGGGACGAUGUCGCAUUAUAAAUGUCAAAUAUAAAUUGGUGCUGGAAAUGAAAGUGUCUGGUGUUGGAUUCAACUUGGUUGCAUCGUCUCCAUUGGUCAUUGGUAAUAUACCGUUUCGUAGUGUUUCCUAUCCCGUUCAGCCUACUAUCAGCUCCUAUCAACCAACUGCUCCCGAACUGGCAAGGGUCAACGAUGAUCCUCCACCGCCAUACACCGAAAAACCAUUGCCAACACAAUCUAAAUUAGUUGACGAUGACUUUGAGUUACUUUGAUCGCUAUAAUUUGUAUCCAACUUCAGCAAUUUAACCAUUUAUGUCAACGGGACGAACUUAACGUUUUUUUUUAAAAAAAAACUCUGUCAAAUAAUUUCGUUUUAUCAAUUUAAUGUGCAUUAUACGUC